AUGACAAACAUUGAUUUACACACUUAUUUAAACGAAUUAAAACCUGAGUACAUUUAUUUAAACAGUUCAACUGAAAAAUUAAAAAUAUUAAAAGAAUUAAAAUAUAUUUCUGGAAUUUAUCUAUGGUACAAUAAUAUUACAGAUAAUUAUUAUAUUGGUAGUGCUAAGGAUUUAUCUAAUAGAUUAGCUAGAUAUUAUAGACCUUCUGAAUUAAUUAGAAUUAAAGGAAGUUUAAUUCAUAGAGCUUUAUUAAAAUAUGAUCAUGAAAAUUUCUCUGUUUAUAUUUUAGAAACUUGUAAUUCAUCAGAAUUAAUUACAAGAGAACAAAAUUAUAUUAAUUUAUUAAAACCUAUUUAUAAUAUUUUUAAAUUUGCUCAUUCUAGUCAAGGUUAUAUGCAUAAUGAAGAAACUCGAAAAAUUAUGAGUAAAAAACGUUCAGAAGAAUUUAAAAAAUUAAGAAGUGAAUUAACUAAAGGCUAUAAUAAUCCUAAUUUUGGAAAAGGUAAUUCUGUUAUUGAAUAUGAUAUUGUUAAUAAUAAAAUUAAAAUUUAUUCAUCAGUAAGUAAUGCUGCUAAAGCUCAUAAUACAGGUAGGAAUUCUAUUAGAUAUUGUAUUAAUAAACAAAAUUUAUAUAAAUCUCAAUACAAGUUUAAAUAUUUUGAUUCUUUUGAAGAUAAUGAUUAA